UACGUGAUAAAAUUUGAAAUAAUAAACACCAUGAAUCGUCUCGACAAUCUCGAAAUUAUAUGCUUAAAAAAAUCUUCACGCGUAAAGAUUUCAUUAUGGAUGAGACGUCAGAUGAUGUUAGAUCGACGAUGAGAUGUGUUUGUAAUGUGGACAAAGUGGAUUAUAAAAGAGAGAUAUCGAACGACACAGUGGGGAGGAAUCAUUACUUAUUUGGAUUCCGAUUGGGUGCAUGGAUAACAGGUAGUUUUCCAUAACAGAGAGAUAGGCUGGCUGUGCCUAAAACAUAAAAGGACGACCGAAAGUGGGCAUGCUUAGUGAUGAUGGAAGAACAGAGGGUACGUUGUCAUACACUACAGAUUACCAUCGAAUGAGUAAUAGCUGAUUGUGUCAAUUAAUCCCUAUCAGUGACAUCUCAUCUAUUGCUUUAUCAUUAUCAGAAUUGUAUCAGAUGCAAAAGGAAAAUUGAUCCUGUAUGAUAUUGCCUAAGUAAGAAGAAAAAUCCAAUACAAAACGGAGCUUUUUGGAACUCUUGCGCAAAUUUCACGUAUUUGUUACAUUAAUUACCAAGCAUGAAAAUGGCAACUGCUCUGAGAACAAUGAGCUUUGUGAAAUUAAGUCGGCAAGGUCUAAACAUGCGCAAGUAUGUGAGCGAUCAACAUCUCGCGGACGGCGAGGUGAAGAAAUCAAGGAUCUCAUUAAACAUCGAUACCAACAUGCUGAAAAUCGGUUUUCUCGGCGGGGGAAAAAUGGCCCAGGCUCUCGCCAGAGGUUUCAUCCGGGCGGGUUUAAGCAAAGGCGAAAUGAUGCUGGCCAGCUGCCUUCCAAAUGACAUCGGGAGUAUUGAGACUUUCAAGGAAAUGGGAUCAAAUACUGUUUUUACGAAUACACCUGUCAUCGAUCACGGUGACGUGCUGAUCCUUUCAGUAAAGCCGCAAGUUGUACCGAAAGUAUUGCCAGAGUUCAAGAUACACGACAACAAAAAGUUAGUCAUUUCAAUCGCCAUGGGCAUCUCCCUGGCGUCACUAGAAGAGGCGUUGCCAAAACAAACACCUGUGAUAAGAGUAAUGCCGAAUACACCUUCACUAGUUGGCUGCGGCGCUACGGUGUUUGUGCGUGGAAAAUGCGCGAGUGACAAGGAUGCCGAGAUCACGGAGAAGCUAUUUUCCGCCGUAGGCAUCUGCGAAGAAGUUCCGGAAAAUUUCAUCGAUCCCGUAACCGCCCUGGCGGCCUCCGGUCCUGCUUACAUAUAUAUGAUAAUCGAAGCAAUGGCCGAUGGGGGAGUAAAAAUGGGACUUACUAGGCCCAUCGCGUAUAAGCUUGCUGCACAGACUGUCUUGGGCGCCGGUACUAUGGUACGCGAGACGAAUCUUCAUCCAGGACAGCUUAAAGACGAUGUGACUUCACCGGCAGGCUGUACCAUAGCUGGUAUUCAUCAAUUAGAAAAGCAUGGCUUAAGAUCGGCAUUAAUCGACGCUAUAGAGGCGGCAACACUUCGAUGUAGAGAAGUUAGUUCGCAGGCAGAGAAAAACUAGGUAAUAUAAAUCGAUAUAAUGAUAAAACGACGAUAUUUAUUUAGUCAAAUAAUUAUCGUUAUAAUAUUGACAUUUUUCAACGAGGAUCUGUAAAAUAUUGUAGAUAAUAUUCAUCCAAAAAGUCAAAUGAGAUAGGAUAUUAAUAUUUGAAGACAUAAAUCUUAAUUAGAUUUUAGAAUGAUAAUUGAGAUAUCCCUAUUCUAAAUUAAAGGGAUGUAUUUACCGAUAUUUUUAAUUAUUUAAAGAAAAUAAUGACUUGUUAACUUGGUAAUUUGCUUUAUAAUUAAUGCAAAUGAUGUAAUAAUGACCUUGUGAUAAUUUGAAAUUUUAAAGAAUAUUGUUAUCAAUUAUUAUACUAAACUGUAUUUGCAGUUUAAAAUAUACUGUUGGUCUCUCUAGAAGUUUGGUGCGAUGUCGAUGGAAACAAUUUUGUAAAUAAUUAUUUUAAGUGCUAGCAGAUUGUCUUUUAAUUUGGAAGUAAUUUUUUUAAUGGAAAAUCGAAAAUAUAGAUCUGAUAUUAAAUGAU